CCCAUAAUAAUGAUUACUACCGGUGCCGUAGUAAUACCAUUGUUCCUAUCGGUGGCACUGUAUAUACUGGACAACUAUCAUCGACACCGAUCUGUCCAGACAGACACUAAGCUAAUUGGCCAGACAGCCGUCUACGAUUUUAUUGUAAUCGGUUCGGGUUCGGCCGGUUCGAUAGUGGCCCGACGUUUGGCCGAAACUAAACAACGACCAAACGUACUGCUUCUGGAAGCGGGUGACACUGCCGGCGGCAAUACCGACAUUCCCGGUGGCAGUUAUUGGGAGUUUUUCGGUACGGCCAUCGACUGGAACUAUACAAAUGAGGAACAGGCGGUCGGAAUCGGUUUUCGUGACCAACGGAUACCCGAGAGCAGGGGUCGGCUGAUUGGCGGCAGUUCAUCAAUAAACACGUUGAUCUAUAAUCGCGGCAAUCGCCGGUGUUUCGAUGACUGGGCCAACAUAUACGGUGCCCAGGGAUGGAACUAUACAGAGGUUUUGCCGUUUUUCAAACGAUGGGAGAAUCAAACGGAUCCGAUGUUGUCGAACAGCAGCUAUCAUAGUACUACCGGACCGAUACAGGUGUCCUCGUGGUCGGAACCGCCCGAAAUAAUGGCCAAACAUCAGCGGGCGGCCAAUGAGUUUGGUUUCAAAUCGAUUGACAUUAACGGUGCGGAACAAUCAGGGACUACAAUAGCCCAGGCGUUUAUCGGUACCGACGGUAUCCGGUCGAGUGCGUCAAACGCUUAUAUCGAUCCCAAUCCGUAUCCAAAUAAUUUGCAUAUAUUGGCCAACGCUUACGUAACACGUAUUAUAUUUUCGGGCAAACGUGCGGUCGGUGUUGAAUAUGAAAAAAAUAAUAGGAAGACAACAGUUAAUGCUAGCCGUGAAGUCAUUUUGAGCGCCGGUGCCAUUGAAUCACCACACAUACUGAUGGUGUCGGGUAUCGGACCGCGUAAACAGUUAGAAAAGUUUGGUAUACCAGUGUUGGCCGAUUUGCCGGCAGUGGGCGAAUACUAUCAAAAUCAUCCGGGUGUUUCAUUGAAUUUCCUGCUAAACGAUAAUAACCGAUCCAUGUACGGUACCGGUGCUCAAGUAACUAUGGAAAAUUUGCACGAAUAUUAUGCCAAUCAUCGGGGUCCAUUGACCAAACACUACCGAUCGAUUACCUACUUGUCCACAACACCUAACAAUACAGAUAAUGAUGGUUCAGACUAUCCGAACACUGACUUUGAAACCGGUCUCUAUCUGUUCCCUGAAAACCUAUCCGAUUGGAUCAUACGUUAUGAUCGCCAACAAGAGUGGGAUGAGUUUAACCGACAAUUUCUCGGUAAAUACUACUUCUUUGUUCAUACAAUACUACAGCGGGUCCGUAGUCGCGGUUAUGUACGGCUACAGUCAGCCGAUCCACAUGUCUAUCCCCUAAUUAAUCCAAACUUUCUUAACGAUACCCAAGACUAUCAGGCAUUAGUCGAUUCACUUAAGUUUAUGUUUCGGUUUUUCGAGACCUCCUCUAUUGCCCAAUACUUGGAACCCAUACGUCCGAUACCGGGCUGUCAACUGUGUACACACGGCCUGAUACAUGACUGCACCGAAUAUAUCCGAUGUCUUAUUGAACAGCAAACAGAUACCGGCUUUCAUUCAGUCGGCACCUGUCGUAUGGGUCCAGUCGAUAGCCCUGAUGUUGUUGUUGAUCCACGUCUACGGGUUAAGGGUAUCAGUGGUCUACGUGUAUGCGAUGCCUCUGUUAUGCCGCUCAUUACCAACGGUAAUGUCAAUGCACCGGUACUUAUGAUCGGCGAAAAGUGCGCCCAAAUGGUCAAAGAGGACAACCAUUUGUAAGAGGGGGAUGG